AUGGUUUACCGUGGAUUUGGCCUCGAGCAAGUGUCACCUCCGAGUAACAAGCCUUUCAAUGAGAUGACGCCCGAAGAACAAGGUGAUAAGGGCGCUGAGAUGAUGAUAAGCUUUAUGACGUCUUGUCCCGGUAAAUCUGCCAUCAGUGGUGUUACGGGUUUCGCUCUUGGUGGUGUUUUUGGUCUUUUCAUGGCUUCCAUGGCUUACGACACUCCUCUGCACACACCCACUGUACCGGGAUCAACCCAACUGCCCAACAGCUUACAGCAUAUCUCUGAUCUACCAUUCAAGCAACAGGUUAAGCUGCAGUUUGCAGACAUGGGAAAAAGAGCUUAUUCCAGCGCGAAGAACUUCGGUUACAUCGGUAUGAUUUACUCUGGUGUCGAGUGUGCUAUAGAGUCUCUGAGGGCCAAAAACGACAUCUACAAUGGUGUUGGUGCUGGUUGCCUCACUGGUGGUGGUCUCGCUUAUAAAAGUGGUCCGACAGCAGCUUUGGUUGGUUGUGCAGGUUUCGCAGCAUUUUCCACUGCCAUCGACCUGUACAUGCGACAGGAGCACACUACACCUCCCAAAAACGACUUUGAUGAGUGA